UAUUGUUUACGCAAACCUACCACUCUCAUCACUUCCACCACUGCUACUGCUGCACACACUGUCAUGGUCACAUCGCCUUCUGCAUCAUUCUCUACUAUCAACGAGAAGACCACACAAAUCUCCUCCUGGCUCGAAGAACUACCCCCAACGCCUCCAGCAAACGAAGAAUGCUGGCUGCUGAAGCGCAAGCGUGCCGCUUCAGAGUCCACAAGCGUAGACCAGAUCACCCCCAUAUCUGCACAUCGUAGUGUCAGUCCUAGCAAGCGUCGCCGGCGGAAUUCAGAUGACCUGCAACCGGAGCAGAGCGCAUCGGCUGUUGGGGCAAAUGCCCGCCCGCUCAUCUUGGGCAGUUCAACCACUUUUAGCCCGCCCAGCAGUCGCGCAGCUGCCUCGACACCACGACGCAGCAACAGCCCGUCUCGUGAAACAAUUGCUGCUUUAAGAGUAGCGUCGCCUCCGAUAACGACGGAACCGCUGGACGGAGUGGAGUCGGAACCUCCUGCGCGGGUCAUGGCCGUAGUAGCACGACUGGAGAACGGAAUAGAUCCGGGCUGGAUACCGGGGUGGCUUGAAGAACCAGUCAGAGCCGAUACGGAUAUCGGUUUCCAAAGAUUCAAGCCUGUCGCAUUCAGCAAUACCGCCACCCGCGAUCUCUCUGACCCUAAUCUUGACCCCGCCGCGCGGGCCGAGUUAGAAUAUACCCUGAGGAAAGUGAAAAAGAUAUUCAAGAAGGCACUGCAUUGCCAAACCAGAGGCCGCGACGAGAAUGCAUGGUGCGACGACGUGGUUAGGCCGAUGGUGAGGCUGGCGCUCCGGCUGUACGCCAAGGGCAAACUCUCUUUGCAAAGCGUGCAGUCUCAGAACAUUGACGUCGAGUUCCUCUCGCGCGCCGCCAAUGCAUCGGGCAAGCAGCGGGUCCUUGACCGAAAGGCUGAUUACACCCUCUCUUACUCGCACGACAUGUCACCGUUCGAAGAUUUGUAUGCACAACUUCUUCACCACGGGCAUCCGUGCGUUAGCCACACGACCGACGCCUUCACCAAAACCACAGCUGUUUUCUCCGGCAUAGAGGUCAAGCCUUCCGGUGGCGAUAAACUCGAGGCCGAGUAUCAGCUUAGCAUAUGGAUGGCAGCGACUCUACGCAAGAAGGCAAAGCUGGGACGACGUGCAGGCCUACUGGACACAGCUUGCCUCGUGGAGCCAGGCUUCACUGUUGUAGGACACGAGCUCUACUUCUAUAUCGCGUACAUAGACUCUGGACAAGACGGAGCUGUGCGGAUUCUAGAGUUCGGAAAUGCCGCAAGUAGCAGCAUUUCGGGCGUUUUCAAACAGCUUAGGCUGUGGAGGAACGUUAUAGAAUAUGGCCUUGAUGAUGGCCCACACGGUUUCUGGGGCGGAUUCCUGAAACCUGUGUUGGAUAGAUUAGCAACUGGUAACGAUUAG